GCCCAUUCCGCGAGCCGAGGGUUUGGGGGACACCUGCUCUAAAGCAAAAGGGAAAGGAGCUCCGCUGGGCAAUGUACUUCAGUGUUGGCUGUACAAAGCAGCUCUCCUGCCCUCGUGCCCUCCAGAACUGUUGGGUAUCUUUGAAUGUUUUUGAAUGGUGCAGAAGUUGGCAGCUUGAAAGUCAUUUCAGUUCUGGUUUGGUUGCAGCACAUGAGUGCUUGUAGAUGCAAUCUGCUUCAGUAGGAAAUGCUCCUAGAACUGGCAAAUGCCUUAAGAAGAGACUUUUUAUCUUUCCUGGUGCAGUGUAAUAUUAUGUGCCUUGCAAGCAGAGCUCACAGAGGUCAAAAUGGUGUAUGGUGAAUUCUUCCACAGACCAGGACAAGAUGAGGAGCUUGUCAAUUUGAAUGUUGGUGGUUUUAAACAGUCCAUUGGUCAAAGUACAUUGCUCAAGUUUCCUCAUACGAGGCUUGGGAAGCUACUCAGGUGCCACUCAGAAGAGGCUAUUCUGGAACUCUGUGAUGAUUACAGUGUGGCAGACAAGGAAUAUUACUUUGAUAGGAACCCUUCUUUGUUCAGAUACGUGUUGAAUUUUUAUUACACAGGUAAACUCCACAUUAUGGAAGAACUCUGCGUCUUCUCCUUUUGCCAGGAAAUAGAGUACUGGGGGAUCAAUGAACUCUUCCUUGAUGCUUGUUGCAGUAGUCGCUACCAAGAAAGAAAAGAAGAAUGUCCCGAUAAAGAAUGGGAUCAAAAAAGCCCAGGGGGGAGCCUAGAUUCUUCCGAUGAUGAGACGUCUUCCAUAUUUGAGAAGGAGCUUGAGAAAUUUGAUAAACAGUGGUUUGGAGAGUUGCGCAAGAAUAUAUGGAUCAGAAUGGAGAACCCUGCGUACUGCUUAUCCGCCAAACUGAUUGCUGUGUCUUCCCUAAGCGUGGUCCUAGCAUCUAUUGUGACCAUGUGCAUUCACAGCAUGCCAGAGUACCAGAAGGUGGGUGUCAGGGACAAAGAGGUUGAAAACCCGAUUCUGGAAGUUGUGGAGCUCAUAUGCAUCGUCUGGUUCACCUCUGAGCUUAUGAUCAGGUUGGCUGCUGCCCCAAGCCAGAAGAAGUUCUGGAAGAACCCACUGAAUAUCAUUGACUUUGUAUCUAUUCUUCCAUUUUAUGCCACUCUGGCCGUCGACACCAAAGACGAAGAAAGUGAAGAUAUUGAAAACAUGGGGAAAGUGGUUCAAAUUCUACGCCUAAUGAGGAUAUUCCGCAUAUUGAAACUAGCGAGGCAUUCUGUUGGAUUGCGGUCCUUGGGUGCGACCUUAAGGCAUAGCUACCAUGAAGUUGGACUUUUGCUUUUGUUUUUGGCUGUUGGGAUUUCUAUUUUUUCCGUUCUGGUCUACUCAGUGGAAAAAGACAAUGACAGUUCAGAGCUGAAUAAUAUCCCUAUUUGCUGGUGGUGGGCCACAAUCAGCAUGACCACCGUCGGCUAUGGGGACACCUUCCCAGUUACCCUCGGAGGAAAGAUUAUCGGCACAAGUUGCAUUAUCUGUGGAAUAUUAGUGGUAGCUCUUCCUAUCACUAUCAUUUUCAACAAGUUUUCAAAAUACUAUCAAAAGCAGAAGGACAUCGACACCGAUCAGUGCAAUGACACUCCCAAGGAAAAGACAAACGAUCUCCCGUAUUUUAACAUUAGGGAUAUUUAUGCAAAAAGGAUGCACUCCUUUAUUUCUAGCCUUUCUUCAGUAGGAAUUGUAGCCAGCGAUCAAGAUUCAACAGAUGCUUCCAGUAUUCAAGAUCUUGAUGAUGUUUAUAACGCAACAUCUUUGCAGAAUGAACGUGCAUCCUUAGUCUCUUCGAAGACCCAUCUGUGACUGGAUCUAUAGCCUGAUGGUUACCUCGGGCACUAAGCACAGCCAAAUGAAUCCAUGUAUUGUUGACGAGACGCUUCAGCAACCCAACUAAAUCAGGAUGGUUAAAGGAGCUCUCUCUCUCUCCCUCUCCCUCUCCCUCCCCCUCUCCCUCCCUCUCUCUCUCUCUCUCUCUCUCCCAGCACUAGGGGAGAAGCAGUAAGUGGCAAACAUGAGGCACUAUUAGCAAAUUUCACUACAGCUUACUGUGCAUUUGCUGCUGCGGCUUCUUGCCAAUCCCCAUUUCACCCUAAGCAAGCCAUAUGUACCAUCAACAGCCUCAUUUUAUACUAUGGGUGGAGGGGGGGAUUUAUACAGAACCCAGCUCCCCCACAUGGCCUUCUUUUCAUGCCCCCCCCCCCCGGUGAAUUAACAAAGCACCAGCCCUUCGGGUCCCUUCACAUGCUUCCUCCCCUCCCCAUCAUAACUUCUGCCACUGACUUUGGCUGCUGGAUGACAAUGACGACACUGAGAACAAUGUAUUUGCUUGCUGCUCUUCUGCUUGCUGUAGUUAAACAAAUGUCAAUAAAAUCGAAACUUCAGCAGGGCAACUCUGCAAAUAUCUCACCCAACUUCUUCACAAGAAGGAAGGCUACCUCAACACUAAUAAAGUUUGGACAUGACCAAUU